AGCCUAGCUAGUGAGCACACGGAGAGAUAUAUCACUACUGCUAUCUUUGCAGGGCGUGCAGCCGCUACCGGGAGAGCACAUGCUCCGAGCCCGCGAGGCAACUUUCAACCGAGAAAUUUAAAACAGGAAACGAGCAGGUUUGUGGCGCUGAAACAAGACAAAUCCAAUUUCCCGUAGGUUAAAUAUAAAGUUAGCUCCCAUUUUUCUAUACUGAUUCGGAAGGACAUCUUUAACAGUGAAAAUGACAGCUGGGAGGCCACGGAGCAUGCUCAAGGAGGCAUCUCAUCAAAUUAUUGCCGGUGGAUCAGCCGGUCUGGUUGAGAUCUGCUUGAUGCAUCCCCUCGAUGUUGUGAAGACAAGAUUCCAAAUCCAGAGGGGAGCAACUGAUCCCACAAGCUACAAGAGCCUGGGGGAUUGCUUCCGGACAAUUUCCCGCAAUGAGGGAAUCUUUGGUUUUUACAAAGGAAUCCUUCCUCCGAUUCUGGCAGAGACCCCAAAGAGGGCAGUUAAGUUUUUCACCUUCGAGCAGUACAAGAAGUUGCUGAAUUUGACCCCUUUGUCCUCGGGUGUGGCACUGUCUGCAGCAGGGCUUGGCUCAGGCUUGACCGAGGCUCUUGUCGUCAAUCCGUUCGAAGUGGUUAAAGUCAGUCUCCAGGCCAACAGAGAUUCCUUUAAAGAGCAACCCUCUGCUUUUGCCCAAGCAAGACACAUAAUCAAGUCAGACGGCUUUGGACUGAGGGGCCUGAAUAAAGGAUUAACAUCAACACUGGGACGCCAUGGAGUUUUCAACAUGAUCUACUUUGGCUUUUACUUCAAUGUCAAGGAUGCUAUUCCUACCAGCCCGGACCCUGUGUUAGAGUUUCUGAGGAAGUUUACAAUUGGCCUGCUGUCUGGGACCAUCUCUUCCUGUGUGAAUAUUCCCUUCGACGUAGCCAAGAGCCGCAUCCAAGGUCCCCAGCCAGUGCCGGGAGAGAUCAAGUACCGCACCUGCUUCCAGACCAUGGCACUGGUGUACCGUGAAGAGGGGUACUGGGCACUGUACAAGGGAUUGGUUCCCAAGAUAAUGAGACUUGGACCAGGCGGAGCAGUGAUGCUGUUGGUCUAUGAAUAUGUAACUGGAUGGCUACAGAGAAACUGGUGACAACAGCAGAAAAACCCACAUUAGUGCCUUAUAGAUUGUGCCUGAUUUCCACUAUUGUGAACUGAUCAGUGGCAUAAGACCUAAUCAGUUUAUCUUAAGUGUUUUUAAUUUAAAUGCAAAAUACCAAAUCAAUAUUAUAAUAUUUCUUUAAGAACAAUUCAUCCAGCACAGGAAUUAAAGUUGGAAGCUAAAACAGCUUACAGUUUGUUUGCAAAAUAUUUCAAGUUCAAGUAUGUAAGAUCUAGUCAUAAAGAGGGAGGUGUAUCAGCAGACUUGCAAUGCAGUAUGUCUGAAUAACAGUAGCAUUGUGUGAACAUACAAAUUAUUGGAUUUUUAUGAAGUCAGAAUGAGCUAUUUAUACAUGUAGACGAUAUGGGUCCUCUUCCUCGUCCAACAUGUUGUGUUUGCUCAGAAAAACAAGCCAAACACUGGCUUUAAAGCGGCAUACACACAUGACAUCACAGCAUAUCAACUUUUUAAAAAUCCUGUUUUU